UCGGUGUUCGGUUCGGUUCGCUGUUUGGUGUGGUGUCCCCUCUGCCGGUGGGCGGAUCUCCCAUUCCAGCUCCGUAGUGGCUUUCUUUUUAAUUUCCCGAUAGUGUUUAUGUUCGGCAUCCAUGUAGACCUAUAUAACAGAAGCGCGAGCGCCGUGGGUGAGGACGGAAGCUUCUCAAGUGAACGACGAAGGUGAAUGUCUAUUCAUUGGCGAUCAAAUGGAGCUCAAAGAUGCUUACCAGUUGGACGAAACAUUUACUUCACUGCAUUCUUUUAUUUUGUGUGCUUCUGGUUUACCAAAUUGCUACCGGUGGAAUACAAUUUGGAAACAAUGAAUCUCUGAACUUUGAUCCAUGGGAACGAUAUGGACUUGCGGGAGCAUUCGUCCUCUACCUCUUAAGACUCUUUACAAUUUUACCCUUGCCUCAAGUAUUAUUCAAUCUGUAUGGACUUACACGUUAUAAUGCUUUCCCAGGCAAGGUAAAACUUACUGGAUCACCCCUGUUGGCUCCAUUCAUUUGUAUUCGUGUUGUGACCAGAGGUGAUUACAAAGAACUAGUGAAGAACAAUGUUUCCCGUAAUAUGAAGCAGUGCUUGGAUGCAGGAUUGGAAAAUUUCCUCAUAGAAGUUGUGACAGACAAGCCGAUUGGUUUACCAGAGCACAGAAGAACAAGAGAGAUUGUUGUGCCAAGCACGUAUCAAUCAAAAAGUGGCGCUCUCUUCAAAGCAAGAGCAUUACAAUAUUGCCUAGAAGACGGAGUGAACAUCUUGAACGACAAUGACUGGAUUGUUCAUCUUGAUGAAGAAACCCUUCUCACUGAAAAUUCAAUACGAGGGAUUCUCAACUUUGUCCUUGAUGGCAAAAACCAUUUUGGACAAGGACUCAUCACCUACGCCAAUGAAGAUGUGGUGAACUGGUUCACCACUGUGGCAGACAGCUUCCGAGUGGCAGAUGACAUGGGAAAGCUGAGAUGUCAGUUCACCGUUUUCAACAAGCCCUACUUCAGCUGGAAGGGGUCGUUCGUCGUAACUCUGGCGUCGGCCGAGCGGCAGGUGUCGUUCGACAACGGGCUGGACGGCUCGGUGGCCGAGGACUGCUUCUUCGCGAUGCGCGCCCUCAACGAGGGCUACUCCUUCGCCUUCAUCGAGGGCGAGAUGUGGGAGAAGUCGCCCUUCUCCAUGUGGGACUUCAUCCAGCAGCGCAAGCGCUGGCUGCAGGGCAUCCUGCUGGUGGUGCACUCUAAGGCCGUGCCGCUGCGAGCCAAGUGGCUGCUGGCCAUCUCGUGCUACUCGUGGGUCACGCUGCCCCUCGUCACCUCCAAGGUGGUCCUGUCGGCGCUCUUUCCGCUGCCCUGCCCGGCCGCCAUGAACAUGCUGUUCGCCUUCAUCGAGGGGAUGAACUUGUACAUGUACAUAUUUGGCGUGAUGAAGUCGUUCUCAGUGUACCGGUUCGGGGCGAUGAGGUUCAUCCUCUGCAUAUUUGGAACGCUACUCAUCAUUCCCUUCUCACUGGUCAUCGAAAACAUUGCCGUCAUCUGGGGCGUCUUUGGCCGCAAACACAAGUUCUACAUCGUCAACAAGGAAUUCCAGCAGUCACCUGUCAUCGAGGCUUGAUCCAGAAAGCUCCUUCUAGAGGCCCUCGUGGAAUAUGAGGGGAUCUAGUCAUAUCCUAGCCAAAGCUGAAUGAAUGUAUUACCAAAGUAGUGUUAAAGUUUGAUGGAAGAGGAUGUGAAUUCUGAAUGUGAAUUAAUACUGUGGGAAAAAAAUGAUUUCCUUACAAAUUGACUCAUUAAUUUAAGUCGUGACCAAUAGCUCUAAGGUCAGUGCACCAAAACCCAACUUUUAAGAAUAAUGUAGUAAAAUUCCCUAUUUUGUAUCUUUGUUCUUGUGAGGUGGUAAUAUGUUGGACCAACAACGCAAAAUUGUGAAGAAGUGUUAUGCUGUGACUUUGUGGAAUUAUCGGUUUGUGUCGACAUAAAUAUACUUAAAAACAGGAUUCAGAGUGUUAAGUUGGUAUUUGACAUUUCCUUGUAUCAUCAUGAUCAAUAUUCAUGUAUCAUAAUUGAAACAUCGAAUUUUGUUCUCUACCAUUAUGGUGCUUUGCAGAGCACUCAGGUUAAUUUGUAAUAGGGUGCAAGUUUGCCGCUAGUCAGUGAAAUAUGUGCUGUCUGUGAUCUCAGGUAAACUUUGAGUUUUUGACCUAUUUCAAUUUAGAAACCUUGGUAAGAUGUUUUAAUGUUUGAAAGUAUUAGUUCAAGCAAUAUGUCUCCAAUAAUUUCUUUGUCAAAGUGCAAUCGUGUGCAAUCAAAUUUCAAUUAGAGUAUCUCGUAUAAAAGUUUGGUGUUUCUUCAUGUUAUGUAAUAUGUAAUUAUCACAUCUGUGCAGCUUUUUAGCAACAUUUUUUUGAAGCUUUUUUGCAGGUUUUGAAUGAACACAGUUUUGAAAUAGUAUAAAAAUCUCAUAUACUUGUAAAAUUUAAAGUACUCUCUUCUUUUAAAAAAAUAUGUGUAGUGGGGAAGUAAUGCUUCCUCCCAUCUUUGAGCAAUAGCUUUUGUGUUUGAAAUUAGUGGAGCUUUUGAGUUAGGCUUUAAUGUUUCCUCAGCCUAGAGAUGACAAGAAUUUUUCAUUUCAUUUGCUUUCAUUAAUUGUGUGAUAAGAUGUGGCUUUUGGAUUCCAAGCAGUACUUUAUUUCUGAUAUUACCAAAUUCUGUGACUUAAAAGUCUGUGAUGAUUACUAAAAUGAGCUUAAUAGUUAAAAUGUGUACUUAAUAAUUGUCAGAAACACUUCACUUCUGAAAGACACCACAAGAAUGUGAAUUGGUUUUGUCUUGAAUGUUGAGUUGAGGCUCCAAUGACAAGUUAAUUAUGUAAUAUAAUAUUCUGUGUUUGUUGUUUCUGCUUCAAUUCAGAAGCUGUGACCAAUCUUACUGUGGAUAUGUUACUUGUACUUUCCGUCAAUUCUAUCAUGUGGGUGGUGUGUUUAUUACAAAAAAGAUUGUGAGUUCAUAUAUGAAAAUUAAUUAUUUUUUUUGAAAAUUUACCUGUAGUAAGAGAAUGGUUGUGUAUAAGUUCAAGGUUCGAUUUCUAUCUUUUUUUUGUUUUGUGUGUGUUUGUUUCAGUUUUAGGUCAGAGCUCUCUUAUGACACCUCAAUGUUUAUAUGAGGUUCAAAAUGUGGCCUGGAUGGAAAAGUGUAAACAUGAAAGAGAAUUAUGGAUUCAGCAGAGUUCCGUUAAUUCAACCUUAAUUUAAAUUAAAAUUGAGAUGUUUCACAGAGGUUACCUUUUUUUUAAAUGAGAAAAGGUACAAGACCAAACAAAUUUAUCUUCUUGUUAGUGAAACCAAAUUUCUUAUACACUUUCUUUCCGCAACUUUGAAAAGUUCCUUUGUCAAUUAUGGCUAAGAUUCUGAAACGUAAUGUGCACAACAGUAAGUCUGCUUUUUAAUCUUUUUCUCACAGAAUCUGUAUUCCAGGACUAGUUCUUGAAUAAGCGCACGUUAAUUCUUCUUUUUAGGAAACAGUCAUUUCUACUGUCAUAGCAAGACUUCAGGCUUUACUGUUAAGUAGGUUAAGCUGUACGGUCUCUUCAUCAUUGAUGGUUGUGUUUUUUACUUUGCUUUUUUGGAGUGUCUGUGCCAACGGUGGCAAGCACUGCUGGGAGGAGUAGAAAGUCCUUUUCUUGAAAGGAACACUACCUAACUUGUUGGGGCUUGAUGCCAAAUUUGCCCUCAAAUGUCAAAGGGCUGCCCUGUGUGCUUGCCUGUGUGUCCUAAGCACUUUCCACAAUUCAGACAAAACUCCUGUGUUGAUUUACUUUUCCUUUUCAUGCAGCACAAUAAGUGCUGGUUUGAUAUCUUUCUUUCAAACAGACAUAUCUUGUUGAGUCGAUUGCAUAAUUGCUUAAUUACUACAGUUUCGUAGUAGUUGAUGUGUGCUCGGACCUCCCAGUGUACCCCUUAUUAAGUACUGUACCAAGCUUUCAUACAGUUUUAAGGACCAAAGUACAAAAAUACUCACAAUUUGUGUAAGUAAUGGAGUAAUAUAUGUUCAGAAGACAAAAGGGUUUAAAUGAUAACAGAUUGUUUCAUCAAAAAUCAUAUUUUUAAAGGGAUCCGAACUUAAAUUAGUUUUCUGAAUAAGUUGCCAAAGGUUUUUAACCAACGCAAUUCCUUUUAUUGUAAACCAUCAGACAUGUUGGGUUUUUUUUUGUGGUAUAUGACAGAUCUCUCUUGCUUUUCAUUUUUCUUAAGCCUAGAAAAAAUUGUUACUUUUGCCAAAUUUAGUUUUGUUUGCACAGAGCUGACUUCUGUGCUUUUUUGGUCACUGGGUGUUACAAUUUUUUAAUCUUACUACUCUUUACUGGUACUCAGGUGGUUGAGUGUGUGUGCCCAACUGUUCUCGCAUUUGAAAACAUUGGUUUGGACUCAAUAGUGCAAAGGGUGAAAGUUUCUCAUCUUUGCCUUUCUUAGAGAGUUUGCUGAGAAAAGGUAUUUUGUCUCCGUCUCUUACACAUGUGUCUAGUCAGCCAUUGAAACUUAAAAAUUCUUUAAUUAUUAUAAAGUUAUGAACCAAAUCAGCAUGGAACCACGCUUUCUUAAUUACUGCACAAUAAUUGUGGGUACUUGUAUUAUUAUUAUUUCUAUCAUUAUUUUUAAUAUUUUUUCAGGAUUUUCACUUGCCUCCUCCCCUGUUUUGUUCUUACAUGUAAAGACAAUUGUUUUAGAUUUUUAUUUGUUUUUGGUGAACUGUUGCCUUGUAUCCAGGGUAGUGUGUUACUAAAUAAGGGUUAAAAAAUAAAUUUGCGGCUUAUCUUCGAUUGCUGUUAUCUCUUCAUGGGCUCAUUGUUGUCUAAUAUGAAAUCCUAAGAGGGAUUUUAAAACACAGUUGCAUGAAUGUACAUUCAUAAAAUAUUGAUAGGGUUUUGUUACUGUUUUCUUUUCAAUGAGAAUUCACAUAAAUAUAUUUAUAUACUUACUAUAUAGCACUGUUUAUAUGUUUGUAGCAUUUAAUUGUGUAAGUGUAAUCGUUUUGGUCUUAUGUUCUUUAGUAAAUGAUCAAAGUAUUCCUUCGAAAAGCUUCAUUUCAUUCUGUAAAUAACUCUCAGACAUCAACCAUGAAGGAGGAUACCUCUAGUUUAAUUUUGCCAUUUGUUUUAGUCACGUUGCUGUAAUUUUGGAUUUUUAUGUGUCAGCGGGAAGCAUUCAGAGUGACCUCUUUGUUUUGUAUUAAUGGAACGACUGAAGACCUUCCUCUUUGAUGCUUUUACUGGUUGAUGUUUUCUUCAAACUGUCUUGAAAUUAUUUGCUAAGUAGGCUACUUGUCCUGGCUCAAAAGGCACAAUGACAUUGUAAUUUCUUGUUUGAUUCCACCUUUUAUGGGUACGUGUAAAGCGUUUUUAUUUCUAAGUUUUUUAUUUAAUAAUUUUUUUAAUAAAUAGUGUCAAAUAUGAAAUUUUUA